UAUUGUUAGAAUUAAUGGUUCGUCAUAUCGAACGUCGGUCAAAGUACGACCUCAUCGACUGGCUUAAUUAACAUACAUCACUGAUAAUAAACAAGAUAAAAAGUAUAGAAUUUUAAUUCCGUAAUCAUUUAUGAACUAACACAAAUAUAAUAUAAAUCAGUACUGAAUCGGUGCUCUCGAGAGUCGACAUUGUCAAAUGUUUCAGUAAUAAAUUGGUUUCUGUGAUACUUAUACAAAGCAAUAAAAUGGAGAACUACACAUCAGAUAGUAGUGAUAGUGAUCAUAUCGAAGAGCAUACAAUAGAUUUAUCAUAUUAUAUAAUAAAUAAUACCUUAGUGGAAGAAAACCUAAUUCAUCAGUCCGAGAAGUCUUUGGGUUUGAUAAAAAUUAUCAAAUUAAAUCACAACAAUCUACCUGUGGUUCCAAUUGCAUUGACAAAGUAUACAAAUCUAAAAGUAUUAGAUCUGAGCAAUAAUUGUCUCACUAGCUUACCAGAUUUACUUCAACAUUGUCCCCUGGACAAGUUGAUUGUAAAGAAUAACCUUAUAACAAAUGGAGGCCUACCAAAAACAUUUACAAGGAACUCUAUGAUAAAAGAAAUUAAUUUGAGUGGGAAUCGUUUGUCCAGUUUUCCAGAGCAAUUAUUAGAAUUAAAAGAACUGAAAUAUUUGUAUUUGGGAGCAAAUGAAAUUCCCAGCAUUUCCAAAGAUAUUUGGAGACUCGACAAUUUGAACAUUUUGUCAAUGGGAAGUAAUCGCUUGACGGAAGUUCCUGAAUCUGUUGGUCUGUUGAAACAUUUGAGAGCAUUAAUUCUGAGUGAUAAUAUUAUACACAAUUUACCAUCAAGCAUUGCAAAUCUCAAACAUUUGAAAACUCUUUCUUUACAUAAAAACCAACUCAGGACUUUACCUACUGAAAUUAUUACGCUUAAAUGUCUCUCUGAGUUGAGUCUCAGAGAAAAUCCAUUGGUUGUUCGAUUCGUGCAUGAUAUGACAUUAGCUCCAGCCUCUUUGCGAGAGCUAUCAGCACGAGUUGUAAAAAUCAACAAGAUGGUCUGUGGUCCAAAAGAUUUACCAAGAACUCUUCUGGAGUAUUUGGACAGUGGUCAUUGUUGUGUUAAUCCUAAAUGCGAAGGUGUGUUUUUUGAUAACCGUGUAGAACAUGUAAAAUUUGUCGACUUCUGUGGCAAGUAUCGUGUUCCUUUACUUCAAUAUUUGUGCUCAGCAAAAUGUAUCACUGAUUCCAAAGAUUCCCCUGCGGGUAGCUCGAGUUCUUACAAUAACAAUAACGGUGUUUUGUAUGAAAGAGAAGAACCUAGACCAAGUCCUGAUCUGAUGAGAAAGGUUUUGCUUGGAUAAAUGUAAAGUAGAAAGAAAGACCAGAUUAUAUUUGAAAUAUGAAAAAAAAACAGUCAUUUACAUAGUCAGUUAAUUUAAUGUGAAUUGUGACGCUAGUAACUAUUUACUUUAUAUUUUGUCAGCAAAUCCAAUUGUUUUCUCGACUUUUCAUGAAUACCAAAAUUGGGAUAAGUAUGUAUGUGUGUAUGAAUGUAUAUAUAUUUGAGACAAUUUUGACAUUUUGCCUUUUUUUUAAACGGCUGAAAAGAUUUCAAAAAUUUCAACACUUUUUAAUAAGACACAAUAGGAAUUCCGUUAUGCGCGAUGAUCGGUCAAGCCGUUUCUUUACAAUUAACAGAAUAACUAAAAUUGUAUCAAAGUUUACGCUAAAAAACCUUAAUCAAUUUUAAAAGUUCAAAAAGGUGUUGGUUGAGAAUUAUGUGGAUUACUUUUUGGUAAAGAUCGGUUGAGCCGUUUUUUUGUUGUAACUAAUUGGUAAUAUUUCUCUUUUACGAAUUUAUUAUACAGUGAUGGAGUUCACGGUCUAAAUGAACAUUCUAAAGCAUUAGAGGCCUACGAAAAGUGCGUAUCGUGAUUCGUUGGUUUUACUUUAUUUUUAAACCUCUAUGUAUGUGAUAAAUUUAAAUAACAAAAUUACAGAUAUUAUAAUUUCGUUUGAAAUAUAAAUUUGUAAAUUGUAUUGGUUAUAGUUAAAAUUGUUAUAACAUUUUAUUGUCGCAAUUUUGAA